AUUCCCUUGCUACAUAACGUCUCAAUCAUUGAGUCCUAGUCUUUGUCUUUUUAUUUUGCUUACCAAGUUUAACUAGUCAAAGUCAUAGAUACCUCAUUUCCACACAACUACUAUCAAAUUGUCCCAAGUUAGAUUAAUGUUAUCACCCUCAUCAUAUAGUUCCCUCUUUAAUUUUAAGUUACUUCUCAAACUCUUGGUUCUUUGAAAAGCCAAACUUUCAUCUCCUACAAACGAAACCAAACCUACAUCAUUCAUGGGAGACAUAUUGCCACCCGCCUACACCAACAGCACCGGUACCCCACCAUGGCUAAACAACGGUGACAACGCAUGGCAACUGACGGCAGCCACCCUAGUAGGCCUUCAGAGUGUACCAGGAUUAAUAAUCCUUUACGGGAGCAUAGUCAAGAAGAAAUGGGCUGUGAACUCGGCGUUCAUGGCUCUUUAUGCCUUUGCAGCAGUAGUCAUAUGUUGGGUAACAUGGGCUUACAAGAUGUCAUUUGGGUAUAAACUCCUUCCAUUUUGGGGCCGAGCUGGGACAGCUUUAGACCAAGUCUUCCUCUUAGGACGGUCUAAGCUCCCAGCUACACACACCAGCAGACACGCGAUGAUCGAACCAUACUUUCCAACAGCUGCAAUGGUGUGGUACCAAGGGAUGUUUGCGGCGAUCACCGUGAUAUUGCUGGCGGGAUCGUUGUUAGGGAGGAUGAAUAUAAGGGCAUGGAUGAUGUUUGUGCCACUUUGGUUGACAUUUUCAUAUACAGUGGGUGCCUUUAGUUUGUGGGGUGGAGGAUUUUUGUAUCAAUGGGGAGUUUUGGAUUACUCUGGUGGUUAUGUUAUUCAUGUUUCCUCUGGCAUUGCUGGCUUGACUGCUGCUUACUGGGUAGGGCCAAGAUUGAAGAAAGAUCGAGAAAGGUUUCCACCAAACAACAUAUUGUUGACGAUAACAGGGGCAGGGCUGCUAUGGAUGGGAUGGUCAGGUUUUAAUGGUGGAGGGACUUUCAGUGCAAAUUUAGGCUCUUCUUUGGCUGUCCUUAACACCAAUAUUAGUGCAGCCACUAGCUUACUCAUGUGGACUCUUCUUGAUGUUAUUGUUUUUGGCAAACCUUCUGUCAUUGGUGCUGUUCAAGGCAUGAUGACUGGCCUCGUCUGCAUUACUCCUGGCGCUGGUUUUGUCCAAGGAUGGGCAGCAAUAGUGAUGGGGAUAUUAGGAGGCAGCGUUCCAUGGUUCACAAUGAUGAUAAUCCAUAAAAAUUGGACGCCAAUGCAGGCUAUCGACGACACGUUGGGAGUUUUCCACACCCACGCGGUGGCUGGACUCCUUGGAGGGAUCCUCACAGGCAUCUUUGCUCACCCUAGGCUCACUAAGAUAUCCUUAGCCGACCAGGAUGAGCGAGGUGCUAUAUAUGGUGGCGCAGGAGCACUCCAAAUAGCUAAGCAGCUAGUUGGUGGGUUAUUUGUCAUAGGGUGGAAUAUUGUGGUCACAUCUCUAAUUUGUGUGCUGAUUAGAUUAGUAAUCCCACUAAGAAUGUCAGAAAAGGAGUUGCUCAUAGGAGAUGAUGCUGCUCAUGGUGAGGAGGCGUAUGCAUUGUGGGGUGAUGGUGAGAAGUAUGACUCCAAUGUGCAUGGUCGCUCUGUUGAGAAUCCCAACAAUAGGUCUGUUGGUGCAACUCAAGUUGUAUAAUAAAUGUACUAUAAGAUUAGAGUUGUGGUGGAAUGUGACAUACAUGAAAUUGAGUGACAUGAUCAAGAGUUUUAACUUCAAUUUUUAAUUACCAA